AUGGCCGACGGACUUCAGAUGGGCAACCUGUCCCUCCAGGACUCUCAACACGCUCCCCAGGGCGGACCCCCCGGUCGUGCUGCUUACAUUCCUCCUCACCUCCGCGGACGCAACGCCGGCGCCAGCGUGGGUGGCCCUGCCCCUCCUCCUGGACCUGCUGCUGGUUUCUCUGGCCCUAGGGACGCCCGUGGCCGCGUCGGUAACUGGGCUAACGCUAAUGCUCCCAACUUUAGUCCCCGAGGUCCUGCAAAUGGUAAGCCCAGCUGGAACCCAAAUGCACAAGACGUGCCACUCCGGCCAUUCGAUCCAUAUGCUUACGGACAUCCAGGACACGGCGGCUCAUACGGCGGUGGUGGUAACUUUGCCAGUGGUGGUGGCGGCGGUGCUGCUCGCGGCUCUGGCGAUGGUCAGUGGCGCGAUGGCAAGCACAUUCCCGGACCUGCGAACCCUCGUUUGGAACGUGAGCUUUUCGGUCUGGGUCAGGACGACCCCUCCAAGCAACACACCGGUAUCAACUUUGCCAACUACGACGAUAUCCCCGUUGAGGCAUCAGGCCAAGAUGUGCCUGAGCCUGUCAACGCCUUCACUAACCCUCCCCUUGACGACCACCUGAUCUCUAACAUCAAGCUUGCAAGCUACGUUACUCCCACUCCCGUCCAAAAGUACUCUAUUCCCAUUGUCAUGGGUGGCCGCGAUUUGAUGGCCUGUGCCCAGACCGGUUCCGGAAAGACUGGUGGUUUCUUGUUCCCCAUUCUGUCUCAGGCUUUCCAGACUGGCCCCUCUGCCGCUCCCCAGCAGGCUGGCGGCGGUCAGUUCUAUGGCCGUCAACGCAAGGCCUAUCCCACCUCCCUCAUUCUCGCCCCUACCCGUGAGUUGGUUUCCCAGAUUUUCGACGAGGCUCGCAAGUUCGCCUAUCGCUCUUGGGUUCGCCCUUGCGUCGUGUAUGGUGGUGCCGACAUUGGUUCCCAACUGCGCCAGAUCGAGCGUGGCUGCGAUCUUCUGGUUGCCACUCCUGGUCGUCUCGUCGAUUUGAUUGAGCGCGGUCGUAUCUCGCUUGUCAACAUCAAGUACCUUGUUCUCGACGAGGCUGAUCGCAUGCUGGACAUGGGUUUCGAACCUCAAAUUCGCCGAAUUGUUGAGGGUGAGGAUAUGCCUCGCGUUGAGGACCGUCAGACCCUCAUGUUCUCAGCCACCUUCCCCCGUGACAUCCAGAUGCUGGCGCGCGACUUCCUGAAGGACUACAUUUUCCUCUCGGUCGGUCGUGUCGGUUCUACCUCUGAGAACAUCACUCAGAAGAUCGAGUAUGUCGAGGACGCCGACAAGCGUUCCGUUCUGUUGGACAUUCUCCACACUCACGGUACUACCGGUCUGACUCUGAUCUUCGUCGAGACCAAGCGUAUGGCCGACUCGCUUUCCGACUUCUUGAUCAACCAGCGAUUCCCCGCCACUGCCAUUCACGGUGACCGUACUCAGCGCGAGCGUGAGCGUGCUCUGGAAAUGUUCCGUAACGGACGUUGCCCAAUCUUGGUCGCGACCGCUGUCGCUGCUCGUGGUCUCGAUAUCCCUAACGUCACCCACGUCAUCAACUACGACCUGCCCACUGAUAUUGAUGACUACGUUCACCGUAUCGGUCGUACUGGUCGUGCCGGUAACACCGGUAUUGCGACUGCCUUCUUCAACCGCGGCAACCGUGGUGUUGUCCGCGAGUUGAUCGACUUGCUGAAGGAGGCCCACCAGGAGGUUCCCUCUUUCCUGGAGAGCAUUGCUCGCGAGGGUAGCGGCUAUGGUGGUCGUGGUGGUCGCAGCGGACGAGGCCGUGGUAGCUCCAACGCUACCCGUGAUGUCCGUCGCUUCGGCGGUGGCAUGGGUGGUCAAUCCUCCUUUGGUGGUAACGCCUACGGCGGUGCCCCCUCGUUCGGUGGCUCUGGCGGCUACGGUGGCUGCUCCUUCGUACGGUGGCCCCGGCGGUGCUGGCUACGGUGGUGGUGCCGGUGGCUACGGUGGCGGUAG